UCGUAUUCUAUCUAAAAUUUGUCGACUUUCUGAAUAGCUCGUCUCCAAAAGCAGCGUGAAAGCUAAGCAUGAAGCUAAGAAGCUGCUGCUACUGCUUAAGCUUAAGAUUGGGCACUACUUUAAUAGCCGUGAUAACGGCGCUAAUGUAUGCCUUGUCUAUGGUGACUAUGGCGCUCCUUCUGGCUAACAAGCUGCCAGCCGAGCUGGCCAACGAAUAUCUUUUCCAGGAUACGCAACUUUAUGUGCUCAUUGCAUCAUCAGUUAUGCUAAUAAGCGCUCUCUUGUUAGCCUUUGGCGCACAAUUGGAAAUUCCGUUCUUUCGCCCUGCCCUGGCUACUAUUCGUUUGCAUACACAUCGUUGCAUAAACUUGAUCAUGCUCUUUCGGCGAUGCUGCUGCUGUUUUCCCCUGCGUUAUGGCAGCCUGAUUAUCGGCAUUGUAUUUACCUGUCUCUUCUUUGCCGAGAUGGCCUUCCAUGGCGAGCAGUGUGUUUUUAUCUAUACUAAAACCAACGAGUGGAAUUUUUUGCAGUCGAUCAUUUUGACAACCGGUAUUAUUUCCUCAUUAAUGUUGAUCUAUGGGGCCUUUAAGGAAAAACGAUGUCUCUUAAUAGUCUGGAUGAUAAGCUUCCUGAUCAUAUUCGUAUUAUACCUCGUGAUGUUCAUUUUAGAUAUAGUAUUGUACCAUUACUCAAUUGAGGGUCUAAGCAUGCAAGUAAUUAUUCUACUUAGUAUAGCCCUCUCACUGAUGUUUGUGCAUUCCCACUUCAGGGAACUCUCGUCAUAAUGCAGAAAAUUAAAUUCAACUGUCAUAAA